UGAACAACUAACGAACUCGAGGUUUAGAGUAGGGUUUAUGAGAGCAUCCAUUCCAUUUCCAUAACUUCCUUUUUCAAGUACUCGAAGAGCUCCUUCUAAUGGCUAUGGCUGCUGCAUUUCUUGUUCGGAGAACCUCGCCGCCCAGAUUCCUCUUCCGACCUCCCCUCCAUUCUUCUUCUUCUCCGCUUCUAACAAACCUAUCUUCUCUUCUUUUCCGAGAUUCCGGUUCCUGUAAUCCUGGAAAUUCUUGUCCUUCCCACUCCAGAGGUUUCGUCUCUGUUCCUCAUGAUUCUGGUGCUCCUGCUCUCGGUACUGACACUCGCGUCCCAGCCACUGUGAUCACCGGCUUUCUCGGUUCUGGAAAGACGACUCUCCUCAAUCAUAUUCUGACAUCUCAGCAUGGCAAGCGAAUUGCUGUUAUUGAAAAUGAGUUUGGCGAGGUGGAUAUCGAUGGAUCUUUAGUUGCAAGUCACUCCUCUGUAGCCGAAGACAUUGUUAUGGUAAAUAAUGGAUGCCUUUGCUGCACUGUGCGGGGUGAUCUGGUUAAAAUGCUCUUGGAGCUGGUGAAGAAAAAACGAGACAAGUUUGAUCAUAUUAUCAUUGAAACGACGGGCCUUGCUAAGCCAGCUCCAGUUAUAGAAACAUUUUGUACAGAUGAGCUGGUUUCACGUUAUGUAAAACUAGAUGGAGUUGUUACUUUAGUAGACUCCAAGCAUGCCAUGCAACACUUGAAUGAAGUGAAACCAAGAUUUGUGGUGAAUGAGGCUGUAGAACAAGUUGCUUAUGCUGAUCGAAUUAUAAUGAACAAGAUUGAUCUUGUAAGUCAAGAUGAGUUGGAGGAACUGAUGCGGAAGAUUAAGCGAAUAAAUGCGAUGGCCCAAGUUAACUUGGCUAAGUUUGGAUCGGUUGACGUUGACUUUGUAUUAGGAGUGGGUGGAUAUGAUCUUGACAGAAUAGACUCUCAAGUUGAAGCCAACACUUGUUCUGGAGACCACAAACAUGAAAAUAAACAUGAGCACCAUAAGGGGCAUCAUCAUCAUGACCAUGUACAUGACUCUGCUGUGUCUAGUGUCAGUAUUGUUUCUGAGGGAUUACUUGACCUUGAUGAGGUUGACGAUUGGCUCGAACGAUUGAUCGAAGAGAAAGGAGAGGACUUGUACAGAAUGAAAGGAGUUUUGAGUGUGAAUGGUUACGAGCAGCGUUAUGUCUUUCAGGGGGUGCACUCUAUCUUGGAUGGCUGCCCAGGCAAAGCAUGGGCCCCUGAUGAGAAGAGGAUAAACAAGUUGGUUUUCAUAGGAAAGAAUUUGGACGAAACUGCCCUUAGAAAAGGCUUCAAAGGUUGUUUACUAUGAGAUCAAUCUUCUAUACUCUCUGUUUCCAAUUUGGUAAUUUAUAGGUCUUAAUGUCAUUAUAAUUCUUGUAUGUAUGUACAUUUCUUUGUGCAUUUUACAUGCUAAUUGUAGCCACCUUUUUUCCUUUUUAGAAAAGCAAAAUUUUUUUUUUAAUACCACUAGUAGGGGUGGAGGAUCCGAACUUGUGACUUUUUGAUCAGAAAUAGAUGGUCAUUACCGUUGAGAUAAUCUCAUGUUGGCUUUGCUCAUAGUUAAGUUGGAUAGGAACAUUCUAUUUUAAAUGAAAUGAGUUUUGUUGUA